CCCACUCUCUGUUGGAGCAUCAGCUGUUCCUGUGGAGUUCUAUGCUGACGUAUACAGGAAGAGGAAGUGGACGGAGAACACAUGUGGAAGAUUGCUUUGCCGCAUGAGAAACUGGAUAUUUGUGCCUUUUCGUCUUUUGAAAGGUUUCAACAGUGCCAUGGCCGAAACCGCUGAGCUGUGUUUUCGAGAUAAAACAGCCCUCGCGCCCAUGGUUCGGAUUGGGACCUUACCAAUGAGGCUCCUAGCUCUGCACUAUGGUGCUGAUAUUGUGUACAGCGAGGAGUUAAUUGAUAUAAAAAUGGUUCAGUGCAAGAGAAUUGUUAAUGAGGUGCUGGACACUGUGGACUAUGUGGCCCCAGAUGAGCGCGUCAUGUUCAGGACCUGCAGCCGGGAAAGAGCCCAUGUCAUCUUUCAGAUGGGAACGGCAGACCCAGAAAGAGCACUGGCUGUUGCUAAACUUGUGCAAAAUGAUGUUGCUGCCAUUGAUGUGAAUAUGGGAUGUCCUAAAGAAUACUCUACCAAGGGUGGAAUGGGAGCUGCUCUCCUCUCUGACCCGGACAAAAUUGAGGCAAUUCUGACCACACUUGUGAAGGGCAUAUCCAAACCUGUGACAUGUAAAAUUAGGGUUCUGCCAUCACUUGAAGACACUGUAAACUUGGUGAAAAGAAUAGAAAAAACUGGAGUGUCUGCCAUUGCAGUUCAUGGAAGGAUGAAGGAAGAGAGACCUCGACAUCCUGUCCACUGUGAUUACAUUCGGGCGGUGGCAGAGGCUGUGUCCAUACCAGUCAUUGCCAAUGGCGGCUCUCUGGAUAUGGUGAAGACCUACGAGGACAUUGCCAAGUUCCGCGAGGCAACGGGUGCCACCUCUGUGAUGCUCGCCCGCUCCGCCAUGUGGAACCCUUCCAUCUUCUACAGCCAGGGGGCAGUGUCGGUCGACGAAGCCAUGGAGGAAUACAUUAAACAAGCUGUUCGUUAUGACAACAAUGCCUUCAACACCAAGUACUGCCUGUGCCAGAUGCUGCGAGACAGAGUGGAGUCGCCUAUGGGGAAACGGCUUUACCUCUGCCAGACCAACAAGGAGAUCUGUGAAGUGUAUGGCCUGAUGGAAUACUAUGACAAGAUUGAGGCGGACCUACAAGGACGGAGAGAAGCCCUGGAGAGUCACGACGAUGGCCCAUGCCUGCCUACGCUGGAGGGAGAUGUUAUUACCAUGGCUGUGCGAUUUGAAAGGAGAGAGUACCCCCCUCAGAUCAGCCCGAAGAUGUACCUGCUGGAGUGGUGCCGCCGAGAGAAGCUGGAACAGCCUGUUUAUGAAACGAUUCAACGGAGUCCAGAUCGAUCAUUCCAGUCCACCGUGAUGGUAGCAGAGAAGAGAUAUAAAUCCUCCCUGUGGGAGAAAUCUAAGAAGUUUGCUGAGCAAGCUGCGGCCAUUGUGUGCCUGCGAGUGUUGGGCGUGCCUGAGGGGCGCGUCGGCCAGGAGGACACGAUCGGACUUAUUUACAAAAGGAAGAGGGACGAGAGCAGGAACGGCAACGGCAACGGGGACAUUCGAGUCGCCGAGGACAAUUCGGCCGCAGAGAAUGAGGACUGUGGCGACGGCAGGAAAAGACACAUCACCAAGUCACCUCAGAAAGCAGAAGAAGAGUCCUCUGACACACAGACGUCCGUGAAUGGCUCACAUAAUACUCCCACAGACUCAUAGUUCCACACCUUUUUUU